CUGUCAGCGCGGCUGGCUGAGUCCAGCUGGUUCAGGAAGCACCAAAAAUAAGCUACAAAGCAUUCAGGGGCCGUGCUUGUGGUUUAGAUUCCAAACACUUUGUGUGUCUCCUUCACCCAGGGGCGGGUAUUUUUACGUAUUUGUGUGUAAAGGAGACUAAAGGAGAAUCCUGGAGGCAGAGGAAUGUAAGUUGUGGGUCAACAUAUAUGCCCGACGCUUAAAAACAGAGAUUUAAAGUAAAACACCAGAGAACGCCUCUAAUGUAGACAGGGAAGGCAAACCGCCUUUCAGAGGCGAUAAAGCGGGGCCCCAAGGUACCCCCCACACCCCCGGGGUUCACGUGGAGGCCGGUGGGCUGAGCCCCGCUCGCCGGAGGGAGGCUGAGAGGGGCGGGGAGCGGGGGACAGACACACCUUGCCGGGCGAGGCUGGCGGCCACCUCACUGGUCCAGCGGACGGACCCGACUCAGGCAAACCGAGAGGAGACUCGCUUCUCCAGCUCUCCCGCCCACGGGCGAGGGCUUUGGCCCCCAGCUCCCCCGCGUCCACCUCUGCGAUCCCUCCACACCGACCGUCCGGGCUCCCCAGAUCCCGCACCUCCGUCCUUCCCGGGCCCCACGCCGCUUUCCUCUGCCAGAUCGGGACCCGUUACCUGCAGAGCGGCUCGACAAUCCUGCAGGUAGUCCUCCAUGGUGACGCCCGAGGUGUGCCGUCGCCCCUCGGCGAGGAGAGCCUGGACAAAUAUCUCCUCUUGCUGUUCUUGGACUGUUGCAACCGUGACACUGCUUCCUGGGUCUCUGUUGCAACUGUUCUCUCAGAGUUGCUUCAAGUCUCAUCCUGUGGCAGCCGCGUCAACAGAGGAGCCUUCAGAAUAUUUUUCUGCUCCUCGGGGAGGUGAGAGGAGACGAGGGGGCGUCUUCUUCACCCUAGAUGUAUUAACCAGGUACACAGCUCAAUCAGUUUCAUGUCUAGCCUUUAAGAAAAAAACGUACAGGGAGGAAGGGAAGACUUGGAAAGGAGCCCUCUGGGGGGCUCCCGAAAAACAGAAGCGGUGGUUUUCUUUCCUGUUAAACGAAUAAAUAUGCAAACACGAUGCUCUCUCGCCCCGCUUCCAUGGCUCCCGAGCAGAGGACCGCCGCAGGCACCCAGGGAGGUCCCGGCAGCGGCUGCGGUCCCGCCCGCUCCUCUCCGCUCCGCCAGGCCGCCUGCUUUUCCCGGGUCUCACCAGAGAGGCACACGCGCUCCGUCCGUCCCUUCCCGCGGCAGGCGGAGGCAAGAGAAAGGGUCUGUUGUUUUUCUUUCCCUCUUCCUUUCUGCCGCUCACCGGGCUGCUGACCGGCUCAGACAGCCCUGCUGGAAACCCUCCGCGGCUGAGCAGGCCCCUCCUCCUCCAGGCACCUCGUCCUCGGCUAAUUUGUCUUUGUCCCGACCGAGGGAAAGAGAGAGGGAAAGAAGAACAAGAAAAACCACAAACUUCCUUUGAAAACCAGUUUGUAGGCAGGGCCUGGAGCGCACGCCGGAGACCCGGUCACUCGGCCAUCCUGAAGACGCCGGGAGGCCCCCCGAUCGCCGGGGCCGCCUCCUGCUUACCCUCGCCCCCCACCCUCCUCCGGCGUCCCCGGUACUGGGCGUGAGUCCGGAAGUGGUCACGACCCAAGCGGGACGCCGCGCGAGUCAACCCGUGUCAAGCCGUGCAGGCUCCGGGGCUGACCGCUGGGAGCAGCUGGCGCAGGCAGCGGCGCCCCUCGACCAUGUCCCCUCCUCCAGCGUCGAACCGCCAGAAUUGAGUCCUCUCCCAGUCCCGGAACCGCAUCCACCUCUUUAAGAGAAGCCAGUUCCACCCAGUGGACCAGUCUGGAAGCCCAGGCAGGUCCUUGCAAUUCCAUCUGGUCACAGCAAGUUCGAGGUAGAAUGAGCCUUCUGUUUACACAUGCUCAGAAAAGCUGAGUCAGGAGCCAGAGUGGCCUUCAACACUAUUCACUUCCCAGAUUUUUCUCGUUCCCUUUGCUCUGUAACUCAAUGAUCUUACUGGCCAGGUCUCUCUUCUGCGUAUCAGAGUCACCUAAGCAAGGUCCCUGAGGUCAAGAAAGGCCUUCGUCCCCCUCAGCCGGACUCUAACCCCGCUAUGGAACGAGCUCAGGUGGAGCCCCCAGUCCUCAGCAAGGCCAGUAGUGCAGAAACUGGUGAAUCUGAAAAACACGAGGCCCUGUCCGGACCAGAGAAGCACUCUCCAGACAACCCCCAGGACAAGGGUGGUUCAUCUGAAAAACACGAGGCCCUGUCAGGACCAGAGAAGCACCCUCCGGACAACCCCCAGGACAAGGAUGGUGCAUCUGAAAAACACGAGGCCCUGUCCGGACCAGAGAAGCACCCUCCGGACAACCCCCAGGACAACGGUGGUGCAGAGGCUGGUGGGGCAGCUGGAGAACGGGACCCAGGAGACCAAGCUUUGCCACCAGCCCAGGAUGGGGAAAAUCUCGAGUGCCCUCCUCCUGAAGCUAGCUCAAGUCCAUGCGGGGCACCAUCUGAGGUAGAGACGGUAGAGACGCGUUCUGGGCCACAGGAGCUUCCCCAGUCCCCCAGGACCCAACAGCCUGAUGUAGAUUUCUACUGUGUCAAGUGGAUCCCCUGGAAGGGAGAACAGACCCCCAUCAUCACCCAGAGCACCAACGGCCCUUGUCCUCUGCUGGCCAUCAUGAACAUCCUCUUUCUUCAGUGGAAGGUGAAGCUGCCCCCUCAGAAGGAAAUGAUCACAUCAGAUGAGCUCAUGACACAUCUUGGAAACUGCCUCCUAUCCAUCAAGCCCCAGGAGAAGUCUGAGGGCCUUCAACUUAACUUUCAGCAGAAUGUGGAUGACGCAAUGACCGUGCUCCCUAAACUGGCCACAGGUCUGGAUGUCAACGUGCGAUUCACGGGCGUCUCUGACUUUGAGUACACACCUGAAUGCAGCAUCUUUGAUUUGCUGGGCAUACCUCUGUACCAUGGCUGGCUUGUGGAUCCACAGAGUCCUGAGGCUGUGAGUGCUGUUGGGAAACUGAGUUACAACCAGCUGGUAGAGAAGAUCAUCACCUGUAAACACUCCAGUGACCCCAACCUCGUGACAGAAGUCCAAGGCUCGCCCGUUUUAUGCCUUCUGGCAGGCUUGAUUGCAGAGCAGUUCCUGGAGACCACUGCGGCGCAGCUGACCUACCAUGGCCUGUGCGAGCUCACAGCAACCGCUAAGGAAGAUGAACUCGGCGUCUUUUUUCGAAACAACCACUUUAGCACGAUGACUAAGCACAAGAGUCACUUGUACCUGCUGGUCACUGACCAGGGCUUUCUUCAGGAGGAGCAGGUGGUGUGGGAGAGUCUGCACAACGUGGAUGGAGACAGUUGCUUUUGCGACUCCGACUUCCACCUGAGUCACGCCCUAGGCAGAAGCCAUGGGGCCGAAGGUGGGGGCGCCUCUCCAGAGAAGCAGCUGCAGGUGGACCAGGACUAUCUUAUUGCCUUGUCCCUACAACAGCAGCAGCAGCCACAAGGCAUGCUGGGUCUUAGUGACCUGGAACUGGCCCAGCAGCUCCAACAAGAAGAGUACCAACAGCAACAGGCAGUUCAACCUGCGCCAGCCAGGGCCCCUUCUCCCCAGGGGAGAGGAUCCACAUCUGGACGCCCAGCUGGAGAGCGACGGCAGAGGUCAAAGCCUGAGUCAGACUGUGUUCUGCUCUAACUGUACCCCUUCCAGCGUGGACCCGCCCCCCCUGUCAGAGGCGGUGGCUGGUUUGCUGGCAGGAUCCCCCCCCCAACCCCUGAGGCAUACAGGGUGACUGCACUGCUGGGGAUCGAUCAGAGCAGGCAGCAGACACCAAGGGCGGAUUCGGUACCACGCUCACCCUUGCCUUCUUCUCUGUCCGGUCUUCUGCUCCGGCCGGGGCCACAUGGGGAUGGGCUGGGUGGUCUCUGGCUCCCAACCCCCUUUCCUGGAAUGUUCACAUGAAUAUACAGACCCAGGCGGAUAGGUGAAGUACCUCUCUGCCUGCCUGGUUGCCCCUGGCUACCCCACGGGCCAGUUUCCGUUUGCUUUAGGGUUUGAUUUGGGUUUCUAUCUUUAUUGUUUGUAAUGCCUUCCUAGGGAGUUGGGAAUAAAACUUCUUUCCUGAGA